AUGAAGGAAAUGAACUUAGAACUUUCUGCCCGACAGAUUUCUGUCCUUGAUCAGGACAACCAAAGGUUGCAGAAUGAUAUUUGCAUGUUGCAAACCUUAUCAUUUGGACUUCAAGAUGCUGUAGAGAAGAAAGAUGCCGAGCUGAGCAGAUUGAGUCACUUGGAGAUGGAAAAUGAGUCACUUAAAACUGAGAUAGGGAAGGGUGAAAGUGCUGAAUUGUAUGAACUCAAACAAUCAGAGUCUGCCGUUAUGGAAGAACUGUGCUCAAAAAGCCAGGAGUUGCAGAUCUGUCUUAGCAAAACUAAUACACUGAAGGAAGAGAAUGUUCGCUUCAGGGAAGAACUUUUGUCUCACAAGAAAAGCAAGGAUGAAUUCCUCACCAUGUCAAAUGUGAACAGUAAGAAGUGCAUUGAUUCAGUGGAAACUGUGGAUUCAGUGAGUAACAUAUUACGUAAUAUUUUAAAGGGCGAAGGUUUCAUCAUUGUGGACAAAAUGUUUCAAGAAAUAUGUGAAACUGGAGAGAGAAUAUCUGAGUUCAUAGAGCAGGUCGAUUGCUUAGAGAGCCAUGCUAAGGAGCUGGUAUCUGAAAAUUUGUCUCUUCAGGCUGAAUUACUAAGGAAGGAUGACGUUCUUAAAGGAUUGUUAUUUGAUCUGAGCAUGUUGCAGGAAUCUGCAUCUAAGAAUAAGGAUCAACAAGAUGAAAUUGAGGCUUCUUUGGAGGCUUUAGAAGAUGAGCUUUCAGCAAAAUCAUGCGAGCUUGGUCAGGCCAUUGCUAACAGCCAAAUGCUUGAAACUCAACUGCAGGAGAAAACAGACGUAAUCUCCACUCUUGAGUUGGGUAUAUUGGAAGAGCGCGAGUCUGUAAAAUUGCUGUCCAGUGAAAACCUGGAGCUGAGAGCUCAUAUGGAAGAUGCUUUGGAAGCAAAGUAUUCUGUCGAGAAGGAGUUGACAGAGAGACAGAAGAUAACUGAGAGCUUGAAAAUGGAACUCCUGGAAUGA